AUGGGGACCCCAAGCAUUUUAGCGUUCAUACUCUUUGCUACGGCAUGCUAUGUUUCUGCCCAAUUCAACGGUCGUGUAGAGUUUGUUUCUCCGCCGGCCACGGUAUCAGCCACCUCUUACAUCCAGCCGACUAAUCAAUUUGUGAUUCCAGCGAUCAUAAAACCUAUUAUUCCUGAAACCUUUUCCCAACCGCCUUCAAUACCCAACUACCCAGAAUUUGAAAGUUUCAAUUCACCGUACAUGCAGCCAAAUAUGCAAAUGCCGAUGCCGAUGCAUAUGCCUAUGCCCAUGCCGAUUUUCAUGGGAUCAAGAGAUGAUGAUGACUGGCAUCAUCUGCUUUAUUUCCUCGUAUUCGCUAACUUGAGGAACAGAUGGAAUAAUGGUUAUGGAUAUAAUUAUGGCAAUGGUUGCGGGUGUGGAUGUGGAUGUGGUGGCAAUGGUUGUGGAAACAGUGGUUGUGGUUGUGGAAACAGUGGUUGUGACGAUGGCUGUGGAUAUAAUAGUUACAACGACAUUGGAAACUGUGGUUGCAAUAACAAUGGCGUGGUAUACAUCCCGUACCCAAUACCAGUUCCAUCGAAUGUCCCUUCGUGUUAUCCUAGUUUGUUCAGCGGUACUGUGGAUUCCCCUCCAUUCUCCUCUGACGAUUUAUCCUAUGGACCAACGUUACAAGCCUGCGCCGGACGAGAACCAAACGAGAUCAAUCUAGUCAUAAGAACCGACUGUAGUAAAUAA